AUGAACCUUGCACCUUCCCUCCAUCAACAUCACUUGCUUUAUGGGUAUUAUGAAGAACGAGAGGCACUUUGUGAUCAAUGCAAUAAGCAUAUUUAUGAUCGGGCCUUUACUUGUGAAAUCUGCAAGUUUUGGCUACAUGCUGAGUGUGCUCUGCAACAAUUGCCUUUUAAAAUUUCACAUCCUUCUCAUUCUCAACACCCUCUUCGACUGAUCUACAAAGAUAAUCAUCCCUGUUGUAAUGGAUGUUCUGGUCUUAGUCGAAACUGGUUAUACCGGUGUCAACCUUGUGAUUUCAACCUUGAUCUCAGUUGUGCUUCUUCAACUACUAUUCCAACUCAGAUAGAUAAAAAGAUUAACCAUUUCUGCCAUCACCAUACAUUGACGCAAUUCAACUAUCGUAAAAUUAAAGAUGAUCAUGGUUCAACUUCUAGCUUGGUGGGUGGCAAAGGUACUUCAAUAGGGAAACUAAUGGAGCAAGCUGAGAGAAAUGCAGAAUCCAAGAUUGAAUAUUUUGAUCAUGAACAUCCCCUAUGCUUUAAGAAGGUUGUUGAACAAAAUGAAAGUGCUAUUUGCAAAGCUUGUUUUCUGGAAAUCUCAGAUGAAGCCUAUGCUUGCAAAAGUUGUGAAUACUACAUACACAAAACAUGCACCAAUUUGCCCUGGGAGGUGCUACAUCCUCUUCACCCCCAGCAUUCUCUCAAGCUCUUGUCUGAAUUUACAGAAAAGAUUUUCUCAUGCGACGGAUGUAGAGACAUUACUGAAGGGUUUGCUUACGCAUGCUCUAUGUGCGAUUUCAUGCUUGAUGUGAAAUGCGCUAUUUUACGGGUGCCUAAAAUUGAGACUCAAAGGCUAAAAGAGAUGGAGGAGAGACGACCCAAGUCAUGCCUUUUUAACAAAGCUCAUCAAUUAUCCUUCUUCAAUAUCAAAGCAAUCUUCGACGAAUAUUAUUGCAGUUUUUGCAAAAGAUAUGUGAAGGGUCCGGCCUAUAGUUGCAGCGAUUGUGAGUACUUACUUCAUGAAAGUUGUCUUGGGUUUCCACGAGAGAUGAAACUCCAGUUUCAUCCACUACACCCAUUUCAGUCGCUUCUGGACAACAGUGUCAAAAUUUGUCAUGUCUGCAAAAGAGAGAUCUGGUAUUAUAUCUGCUAUAGUUGUGUGCAAUGUGAUCUCCACCUUCAUGCUUUUUGUGCUAAAUCCUUGAAGCGGGUUCUGAAAUCCACCUCUCACAUUCAUAAUCUUUAUUAUUUUGAACCAAAUAUUGAGGCCGAGCGCCUUCAAUACGAGAUGCAAAACUGUGGAAAAUGCAGAAAAUUGUUACGCUCAAAUCCUCUCUGUUUCUGUAUGGAAUGUGAUACCAAGUUGCAUGUUGAAUGUGCUUUGCCACCUUCACUCAAAUCCAAAUAUCACCUCCAUCCUUGCACUCUUAACCCUGGUUUUAUGGAAGAUGAUUCAGGACAAAAUUACUGUGACAUCUGUGAAGAAGAAAGAGAUCCAGAAGAUCAUGUCUAUUACUGCACAGAAUGUCAAGGACACUUCGUUGCUCACAUAAAUUGCAUGCUUAAUUCGGAAGAAGAAAUUGCAGCUAGUAGAAGGAUCCUCAAAUAUGGGAUUGGACUUUCCAAGCACCUCAGGCUGGGCUGAGAGAGAGAAAGUGAUCAAAGCAGCAGUGAUGAAUAUUCAGAGGAAGAUGAUCAAAGCAACAGUGAUGAUUAUUCAGAGGAAGAAAAUUAGUUCUGUUAUUGCGUUGGCAGAUGAAUAGAAUAAUGUCAUCAAGGAAACUAUUAUCACUUGAAUGAAAUUGCGUACUUUAUAUUGCAAUCAA